AUGGUGCCCGUGACGUUCGUGCGCGCGUGCUUCGCGUCUCGCGCGCGGGCGUCGACGACGGGGGCGACGCGAUGGAACGAUGGAUGUGAAUCAUCAUUUCAACGCAACGCAUCGAUGCAAUCAUGGAAACGGACGACGACGAUCGCGCGCGCGAACGAGGGCGCGCGCGAGCGCGAGCGUGGGACGUGGGACCGGCAUUACGACGAGAUCGCCGUGCACCGGGCGAUGUGGGGGACGAUCGAGCUGCCGAGGGCGUUGAACGCGCAGCGGCGGUGGUUGGCGCGGCAACGCGGUCGGGCGCGGCGGGGCGAACUGAGCGACGAGCGCGUGGCGCGGUUGGAGGCGCUGGGGGUGACGUUUGAGUUGCGAAAAGAGGUUCGAGCGAAAGGGGGGCGAGUGAGCUUCGAAGAGCGCGUGCGGGAGCUCGCGAGAGCGCGCGCGGGGGGGACGGAACGGGACGCGGCGCUGUCGAAAUGGGUGAGUCAUCAGGUGGCGGCGCAUCGAGACGGAACGCUGUCGGAGGAACGGUACGAGACGCUGCGGGAUUUAGGGGUGGAUUUUGAUGUCGAGGAACGCGCGGUUCGACGGUGGGAUGAACGAUUGGCCGCGCUCGAGGCGCACGUGCGGCUUCGCGGAGACUGUCGCCCGGGCGAAGACGCCGAGGAUGGAUUGUAUUUUUGGUUAUUGGAUCAACGACGGGCGAAGCGAGACGGGAGAUUGUCGCCCGAGCGCGUCGAGGCGCUCGAGGCGCUUGGUGUGGAGUGGGACGUGGCGACGCGCGUGCACACCAAGUGGGAGGAUCGUCUCGAGGAGACGCGCGCGUUUUAUCAGGCGAACAAACGUCUCCCGAGGUCCAGCGAGGACGCGACGCUGUAUCAGUGGAUACGUCGACAGCGAAGGUUACUGCGCGACGGAUCGCUCGAGAUGGAGCGUGAGCGAGCGCUCGACGAGGCGUACGGCGAGGAGUGGCGAGUGAAACCGAGCGAGAGCGAGGUUGACUGA